AUGGCUGAUGCUGCUGCUCUAAUUGAGGCCUCUGCCGGCAGAUUCAGUGAUUUGGAGCUCAUUGGAAGGGGUUCAUUUGGCGAUGUCUAUAAAGGGUUCGAUAAAGACCUUAAUAAGGAAGUUGCCAUUAAAGUUAUUGAUCUUGAAGAAUCAGAGGAUGAAAUUGAGGACAUUCAGAAGGAAAUUGCAGUUUUGUCACAAUGUCGGUCUCCAUAUAUUACAGAAUACUACGGAUCCUAUCUGCACCAAACUAAGCUGUGGAUAAUAAUGGAAUACAUGGCUGGUGGUUCUGUUGCUGAUUUGAUUCAACCAAAUCAGCCUCUGGAUGAAAUGUCUAUAGCUUGCAUUUUCCGUGACUUACUCCAUGCAGUUGAGUAUCUACACACUGAAGGGAAAAUUCAUCGAGACAUUAAAGCUGCAAAUAUUUUACUGACAGAAAAUGGUGAUGUAAAGGUUGCCGAUUUUGGUGUUUCUGCACAACUAACAAGAACGAUUUCAAGGAGAAAGACAUUUGUAGGAACUCCAUUCUGGAUGGCACCAGAAGUUAUUCAAAAUUCAGAGGGAUAUAAUGAAAAGGCAGAUAUUUGGUCUCUAGGGAUAACUGCAAUUGAGAUGGCUAAAGGAGAACCUCCACUUGCCGAUCUGCAUCCAAUGAGGGUUCUAUUCAUCAUUCCUCGAGAAAAUCCUCCACAGCUAGAUGAACACUUUUCCCGUCCUAUGAAAGAAUUUGUGUCAUUGUGUUUGAAGAAGAAUCCUGCUGAAAGGCCUAGUGCAAAGGAACUCUUGAAGCAUCGUUUUAUUAGGAAUGCUAGGAAGAGUCCGAGGCUUUUGGAGAGGAUCAGAGAGCGUCCGAAGUUCCAAAUAAAGGAAGAUGGUGAAAGCCCAAGUAAUGGAGUAAAACCUCUCGGGGAGGCAUCUGGCACAGUAAAGGUGAACAGAGAUUCUGCCGCAGAAGAUACUGUGCGAGUUAGUACUCAAGGAAAAACUGUGAAAAAUGCUGGAUGGGACUUCAGUAUUGGUGGAACAUCUGGAACUGGGACUGUGAGAAGUUCUGUGAGACCACCUCAGGUUAGAGAUAGGAGACCAGAGGCUCUUUCAACUCAACCUACCUCAAGAAAAGUUCUGGACAGUGGUAACCUAAGGUCCCCUGUUUCUGGGAAAGAUCCUAGAGAAGCUAACCAGGACAAUAAGCAAGACAACCAUCAAGAAGAUGAAGAUAUGUCGGGAACUGUCGUCAUACGUUCUCCAAGACGACCUUCAUCUUCAUUAUUUAGUGACCAGAAUUCAUUGUCUAGCAGCACAUAUACUUCUUUGGAGGAUUCAUCUACUAGUGGCACUGUCGUUUAUCGUGGGCACCAUGAUGAUUUAGAAUCUCCUCGGAAAUCUAGACUUGGAAUCCAAGAAAGAACUUCAAGUGCACCCAUAGAAGACAGUUCACUAAAUCUUGCAGAGGCCAAAGCUGCUAUUCAAGCCGGAUUAAAGAAGGGAAAUAUGAGAGAAAGAUCUGCUUUGGGCAAGUUCGGUAGAGAUGAACAAGAGAUUAAAAGAAGAGAUCCAUUGGUGUCUGGUUCUGAUUUCUCAAGGUCACGUCAGACAAGUGAUGACGAAGAUGCUGCAAGAAGUUCAGCUGCAUCUUCUUCUCCCGCUUUGUCAAUUCUUUUGAUCCCUUCUUUGAAAGAGGCUGUUUCUGACGAAUCUGAAAGGUCUAUCAUGCGAACAUUGGCCAAUUCUUUUAUGGAUAUGGAGCGUUCCAAGUCUGGAUCCUGUGAACUUAUCGUAACAAGGUUGCUACAGAGACUUGCAAGUUCAAAAGAACCUUCGUUGAAGGACUUGCAAGAGCUGGCAGCUCGCAUAUUUACCAAAGGAAAGGAAGAAGCUGAGGCUACGAUCGCAGAAGUUGAUAGUAAGAAAAAGCAGCAAAGUAAAGAGACAAAUGCCAAUUUGAGCCCUUUGGCACGGUUCUUACUCUCAAGAUGGCAAGGCCAUGUCUCCAAGGAUUUGAGUAGUUGA